AGUUUGUUUUUUGCUUAUGCAUGUGACUGUGGUUUUGAGAUGGUUAACGGAACGAGUGCCACUUUGAUGCUUCAGACCAUUAUGGUUUUGAUGGAAAAUCAGAAUGGAACGACAAAUUACCCCGGAACUGGUGAUGUUGAAAGAUGCUAUGAUAAUUAUGGAUGUUUCUCAAAGGGGUAUCCCUGGACGGAAAAUCGGCCUGACAAUCACUUUCCUAUGCCUCCUGAAUCUAUGGCAAUAAGAUAUCCAACUUUCACUAGACGGAACAGAAAAGUGCCAGUGUUUUUAAAAGCCGAUAACAUUGAGAAGAUUAAGAACGCCAAUAUUGACCCUAAAGGUCCAUUUUAUUUUAUAUCUCACGGCUUCUUGGAAGGGGGACACAAGGCUUGGAUCCAGGACAUGACGAAUGCGCUUCUCAACCAAGAAGGUAAUGAUGCAGCAACCGUUAUGAUUGUUGACUGGAUGGGCGGUUCGCAACCCCCGUACGGGCAAGCUGUAGCUAACAUCCGUUUGGUAGGAGUUAUGACAGCACACCUAAUUCAUAAUAUCUAUGAAGUAUUAGAGUUGUCAAACGUUGACAACUUUCACUUUAUCGGACACUCUUUGGGGGCUCAUCUGGCUGGAUACUGCGGACAUGCGUUACAAAAGAAAUUCAAUUUGAAAUUGGGACGCAUUACCGGUUUGGACCCGGCGGCUCCUUAUUUCAGCAAAACCGUGACAUUAGUGCGUCUGGACAGAUCUGACGCUAAGUACGUGGACAUUAUACAUACGAAUGCCCUCCCGUUGUACAUGUCAGGUCUCGGUAUAUCGGAGCCGAUAGGUCACGUGGAUUUUUAUCCGAACGGUGGUUCGGUACAGCCGGGUUGUAGCGCGAGUUCUAGCCCUGGUGGUGAUCUAGCGACGAGUGUGAUGAGGAUACUCGGAUGCAAUCACGUGCGCAGCUAUGAGUUCUUCAUUGAAUCUAUUACGCCCACUUGCCCGUUUACAGCGAUGCAAUGUGAAUCAUAUGAGGCCUUCCUCGCAGGAAACUGCACGACAUGCGACUUGAAGCACUUCUGCAUUCCCAUGGGAUACCAUUCGUAUUCUAUGUAUAAAAGACUUCACGAUGGAGGACUAGUCAAUACCAACUCUCACAUCGCCCUCUACUCUAUGACUGGACCCAACAAACCGUUUUGUAGAGUACAUUACGAGAUCACACUGAAAGUUUCUAACUCCACCGAAAGCAGAACACGCGGCCCUGAGUCUGGAAAAGUUUUGGUAACCCUCGUGGACAAGAACAACAAUAAGAGCGACCACAAGUUCUUGAACGAUGAGCAAAAAUACUACAAGCCCGGUGAGAUAGAGAAGAAAAUGAUUGCCGUAAAGGACAGAGGUCAUCCCCCUCUAUAUGUCAUUGUGGAGUGGAAAUACGAGACCAAUCUGUUCAACCCGAUGACCUGGCGGCUAUUAAAAUCACCGAGCAUACAUAUUGAAUAUUUGAAGCUCUCUUCUAUUGAGUAUAACACUGAUAUAACCGUCUGUCCAAAGUUGAACAAACCUGUGGUUGCGAAUCUACCCACAAUCAUGAAGACAAAAUACUGUAAAUUUACAAAAUAAAAUUGUGCAUGCUACUAUCGAUUUAAUGAGCAUUUGGACGAUAUACUUAAAAUCAAUGCAAAUUAUUUAUUACAAAAAGUAUUGUAAUAGUAUUUAUAUUUUUAGGUUUAUUUUUUUUAUUAAUAAGUCGUUAAGUUAUAAUAAGUGUGAUAAGAUUUUAAAUAAAAAACAUUCAACU